UUCAAAUGGUUGUAUAGCCGUUGAGACUCGGAAGCGAGAGAAAGAGAUGGAAAGAGAAAGCAAAUAUGGGUUUGCGGCCUUUUCAUGGGCAGAUGAGGUAGAGAAAGAAGAAGAAGAAGAAGCUCAAGCUCAGCCGCAUCAGAUUCAGAAGCAGAAAGCAAACCCAUUUGGGUCUGCAAGACCUAGAGAAGUUGUUCUCCAGGAACGAGGCAUUGACUGGAGAAAACUCGACCAAGAUUUAAUACAUCUUUCCAACAUAAGAAACAAGGCUCAGAGUGAGAAGUCAUGUAAAGAAAACAUACCUGCACCAGCCGCGCAUGUGUUCGACAUAAUACAGUCAGAUCCCCCAAGUAGGAGCCCAGAACAGAAACCAGCGGAUACAAGAUUUAGUUCUAAAAGAAGGGAAGUUCCAUGGGUUCCCUUGGCUCACCAGAAUCAGAUUCCUCUAAUAGUUUCUCCUCCUCUCAGAUAUCCGCCAAAGAAUCUCAUCCCCAGAUUACUUGAGUCGUCCAGCAUUUGUUGCAAUCCUUGUGGCUUUGACAAUUGGCAGCAACAAUUUCAGUGCAAGAAUCGCUUAGGGACAGAGAAAGAGAAAGCACGCAAUAAACAAAGGUUUCAAAAGGCUCACAGCUUAGACCCCAGAAGCCACGUUCAUCCUCAACUUGAUCAGAAUACAAUCUGGAGCAACAGCCAGUCCAGUGAGUUCAAGAACAAUGGGACAGAAACCCAGCACUUGGUUUUGCAAAUUGAGGCACAACACAGCGGCAAAAACUUAAGAAAAUCAGCAGCUUGUAUGAACCAGCAAGAAAUGAGGAUGUUCAAUGCGCAGAAUUUGGUAGGUACGCCACUGGUAAAUGGAAGGAGAGCACCCGUUCUUAGACAAGAUAGAUGGAAGCAUUUACAAGAUGACUAUGUAAGAAGUGAUAGUGGUUUUUCCCACCGGAGAGAUAAUAACAGUAGAACAGAAAGAUCUUUCGCCGAAGAACUUGAGUGGGAAAUUAGGGGAUUUGACAAUGAAAGCCCAAAAGUUGCUAGGAAUGUCACUGUGACAGUCAGAAACUGUAAGAGAGCAGUAUCAGGACAAAAUUUGAAGGUGAAAAGAGCAUGUUGAGAACAAGGGCAACCAUUGAAAGAGUACCCACCAAGUCUUCAUUUCCUCUCCUCUCUUUUUUCUCUUCUUUUCUAUCCUUUAAUUGUGAGUUUAUUUUAUUUAUUUAUUAUUAAUUUUUUGGGUGGAGAGGGAACAAAGCUAAUAUGGGCAUCUCACAUUUUGAC